UGUUGACAGAUAUGUAAUAGUAAUGGCGGAAUUCAGAUGGACAAUAACAUUUAUUUACAGAGAAAUUGUUGCAAACAUCGUUUAACUGUUAAUUAUAUUAAUCCCGCAAAAAAAAACUUUAUAGGACCAACAACCGUCAACCUUUAGUGGCGCGCUACCGAUCUCUCAACCGAACCAUCUCCAGGUCGCAUUUACAUUUAGUCUACUUUUUAAUUAAUAUGUUUGUAUUUUUCAUCGCGAAAAAAAGUGCUAAAAACUGAUCUCCGGCGGCGGGCGGUCGUUAUGCGAAAAAGUGGCUGCUGGGCUGUAUUAAACAGAUAGCCAUGGCGAAUUUGAACUUUACAAGAAACAUAGGAGGUAACAGCCUCGGCAGAUCUAGUGUUAGUUUUCCCAGUAACUCUGUGUCGGGACAUGUUACUCCAGUUUUUGGUCAAAGACCACCGUCGGAAAGAAGGACCAUUCCUUCAAUGGGCAACUCGAACCAAAUGGGUAAUAUUAAUGCAUCGAUGAACAGUUUGGGCGGUUACAGUUCCUUUAAUUCUGUUUUUGGAUCGGGCGAUGCGAACACUCCCUCACUGUUAGACCUUAGUGAAUUUCCAUCGUUAACUAACCGAAAUUCGGGAGAUGUACCACAACCGAGUCCCAUGCCUGGUGCGAAACCCUAUGUUGGAAUGGUCAAGCAGCCGACGUCCGAGUCGAGCGAGUUCACCAUGUCGAACGAGGACUUCCCCGCGCUGCCCGGCACGCAGAACCGGAUGGAGGGCGCGUCGCCGGCCGGCAGCCAAUCGGACGAGAAGAGCGCGCAGGAGGGCGGAGUCGACGGACAGGCGCAGCAGACGGCGGCGCAGUCGGGCAACAUUUCUAUGGACAAGACUGGUAACAAGCAAACGGGUGGCAUCCGAUCGACGCCCGACGGCCGAGUGAGCAACAUCCCCGCCAACAUGGUAUCUGACCAGUUCGGGGUGGUGGGCCUGUUGGCGUUCAUCCGCGCCGCCGAAUCUGACCCCAACCUAGUCUCCCUAGCGCUGGGCCAGGACCUGACGGCGCUCGGGCUCAAUCUCAACUCGCCCGAGAACCUCUACCCCUCGUUCGGCGGCCCCUGGGCGGACCAUCCCUGCCGCCCGCAGGACGUCGACUUCCACGUGCCGCCGGAGUACCUCAUCAACCACGCGAUCAGGGAUAAACUUGCCGCCAUGAAGCUCAGCCGGUACAAAGAUGAUCUCCUUUUCUUUAUGUUUUACACUAGUGUAGGCGAUGUACUUCAAAUUGCGGCAGCUGCUGAACUGUACAGUCGGGAAUGGAGGUAUCAUAUGGAGGAGAAAGUAUGGAUAACGCAAGUACCCGGAAUGGUUCUUCUCGAAAAGACUCCAACGUACGAAAGGGGCACUUACUACUUCUUUGACGUCCAGAGUUGGAGAAAGGUCGCCAAAGAGUUUCACCUGGACUACAGCAAACUGGAGGGUCGGCCCGUCCUCAACAACACGUGAACAAACUCGUCUUGAUUCCAUGACCCGUCGGGCGCUAGGCGCGCGCCACCCAAUAUGAAUAAAUGAAAAGUGUAUACAUUAUAAUUGCAAGUUGUUAAUUUUAAGGUUAAUCUCGUGGGGAUCCGGCGCGAGAAUGGCGGGCGGCGCGGCAACGCCGCUCGCCAUUCGCCCACCGGCUAUCGAAUAAGUAUUAAUGUUUAAACAGGAAUGCGAGUGAAGCGAAGCAAAGAGAAUGCGGUUUAAAGUUGUCAAUCUAUACAGUUUUCAUUUUAUUUGUAUAUUAAUUUGUAUAUUAAUAAAUACUUACUGAAUUAUUUUAA